UAUAUUACAUUUAGUAAAUGUACAAUUUGUUGUAAACAAAAGUAAUUUUUACAGUGAACCAAUGUACCAAUGUAUACAUUUAUACAUAUAUACCUAAAUGAUUAAAUUUGUUUUGGAACUUCAAUAAUUUUCAGAAAACUUUAUGGUUUGCACCGCCGUUGAGAUGGUUGAGAUUGUCGGAAAUUCAGGUGACGACGACAAUUGUCCGAGGUUGAGGUCGACAAGGGAGUAGAUGUUAGGGUUUUCGCCGUCUGAAAAAAUCGCUGGUGGGAGGUCGAUGAAUCGAAGGUCUUACUCGAAAUCUCGGCGGCGCCGCCCAGGAGACAACGUUGUGCUCGAAAAUUGAAGCUUACUUUGAAUGUUGAGAGAGACGCGGAAGCUUGAGAAAAAGAGAGAGACGCGAAGCUUGAGAGAGGCGGAAGGUUGAGAAAGGAGAAUGUGUGAAUAGUACAAAAAUAAAUAUUUAUACUUCGGGCCAGGGUAAACGGGCCGGAUCGGAUGCAGGUCAGAGCGACCCGACCACAUAGGAUGAGGGCGUCCGCGUGCAAGUCCAGCCCUUAGCAAUUAAACACUACUAUCACAAAAAGAUUUACUCUUUGGAAGUAGAACGACGGGUCCCACCCCCACGUGGACUGCCCGUUUCGUUGUUGCUGCUCCUCGUCAAACCCAAUGAAUCGCAGCUUACAACAAUUCUCUUCUCAAAUCUUGGACCCUUCAAAAUCACAAAUCCCAACCUAAUUAAAUCUCCAAUUUUUCUCUCUAGAAUUAAUCUCAUACAAAAUUAGAUGCGUUAAAAUCGGCAAUGAAAGGCUUAUUCUCAGUGCCCGGCGACUACAUCUACUUCAAGUCUCAGGUCCCUCUACACAAAAUCCCUAUUGGCUCAAAGCAGUGGAGAUAUUAUGAUUUUGGCCCAAAAUAUGUGCCUCCUUUAAUCUGUUUGCCUGGUAUAGCUGGAACUGCAGAUGUGUACUACAAACAAAUCAUGUCACUAUCUAAUAAGGGUUAUCGAGUCAUAUCAGUUGAUAUUCCCCGUGUAUGGAAUAAUAAUGAGUGGAUCCAAGCAUUUGAGAAGUUUUUGGAUGCUAUUGAUGUUCAUCAUAUACAUCUGUACGGCUCAUCUCUUGGAGGUUUCCUGGCUCAACUUUUUGCUCAGCAUCGUCCACGGAGAGUUAAAUCAUUGGUACUCUCAAACACAUUCUUGGAGACAAGUAAUUUCUCUGCAGCCAUGCCGUGGGCUCCCAUUGUAGGCUGGAGCCCUUCGUUUUUACUGAAACGAUAUGUCCUUACUGGUAUCCGUGAUGGUCCUCAUGAACCUUUCAUUGCAGAUUCAGUGGAUUUUGUUGUUGCACAGGUUGAGACCCUUUCGAAAGAUGACUUGGCCUCAAGGCUAAGUUUAACGGUUGAUUCAGCAUCAGUUGGACCUCUUCGGCUUUCAGAUGCUUUUAUAACGAUAAUGGAUGAUUUAAAAAACAUUUCAGGUUGUUUGUAGGCAUAUCACUGAUUUUGAUGCAUGUUUCUUGAAGACACAUCAGCUUAAGUUGGCUGGAAAUUUUGACUUGGGCUAUUAAGUGAAAAAUGGAGAUAAGUGUAGGCUGUACUUG